UGAUUCUGGUGUUAGUAUUGUCCAUGUAGUUUUUGGUAUAGAUGGUGUGGAAAAUAUUAGAGAUGGUCUUUUACAAAAUAGUGAAAUUUGUGCAGGUCCACUCAAACCAUUUGGAAAUACUAG